AUGACCCAGAAUGACCAAAAACCCACCACCUCCUCUUCCUCAGUCUCCAGCUGCAGCAUAAAACCAGAUUGGAAACAAACGCAGAACAAGAGCGACUCUGUGGACGAUUACAUUCGCAUUCUGUCAAGGCGACCAGGGGGUGAUUCCAUCACCAGAGGAUCGUCACGGAGCCUGAAAACAACGAGGAUUCUGGGGAAAAAAGUGAAGCGGUGGACAGAAAGGCAGCAGCGCAUCUUUAUUAGGUGUGACGUCUCCUUCGUGCCUUCCUCUUUUUUACAGAUCAUUUCUCCCCCGACAAAAGCCAUACGGCCCGGCCAGGGGCACCAUGAUGAGCCUUACUAUGGACCUUUGAAAAAGUCUGGUGGUCAUGUGACACUCAGCAGCCAUUCCGUUAUGUCCAGAGCAUGGAGUAGGACCCGGAGCCCCAUUGUGGAGCCUCCACCUUCCUCACCCACACCUGAGAGAAGUGACAAGAAGAUUCUAGAAGUCACCCAGAAGAUCAUUGAGCUGCUGAUGGGAGAGGUGAGCGAUGGAUCCAGUACCAGAAAUCCCCCAGAGAGAUGUCCCCGUCCUCUGUAUUCCCGGGACUCCACACAGGAGCAUCAGGAGAUCCUCCAGGUUUAUCAGGAUGAAGAUCUGAUUGUUAUUAAAGUAGAAGAUGAAGAAGAGAUGUCUGUGCUGGCCGAUGAGCCAUGUAGGGAAGACCUAUCUCCAGAGAUCAGCACAGAUAUACAUCCCAAAGGAAAUAAUUCAGUGGGACAUCCUGUGACCUAUCCAGAUAAUGGAACAAGUCCAGCAGAAAACCCUGUUAUUCCGCCUCUCCAUCGGGCUCUACAUGGUACAGAACUGCCUUACGACCCCUCUACAUGUGGGAAGUCUUUUACUGAACGAUCCCACCACAUCGCCCAGAGCGUUGGCUCCACAUUCUCGUAUUCUGCUUAUGAUAAUUGUUUUUCCUCGGGUGUAAAGCUUAUUUCCCAUCAGACAACUCAGACAGGAGAGCACCCUUACACCUGUUCCGAAUGUGGCAAGGUUUUUGUCCAGAAGUCCCACCUUGUCACCCACCAACGGAUUCACACUGGGGAGAAGCCCUAUUCCUGCCCCCUCUGCGGGAAAUCUUUCACCGACAAGGCAAACCUUUUACAGCACGAGAGGAUCCACUCCGGAGACCACCCGUUUUCCUGUUCCCAGUGUGGAAAGUCGUUUAAGCAGAAGGCCCAUCUGGCGAUCCACCAAAGGACUCAUACAGGGGAGAAGCCGUAUUCUUGCUCUUUGUGCGGGAGGUGCUUUACCCAGAAGUCGGAUGUGGUAAAGCACCAAAGGGUUCAUACAGGGGAAAAGCCGUAUUCGUGUUCUGAGUGCGGGAAGCGUUUCACCGAAAAGUCAGCCCUGGUGAGGCACGAGAGGGUCCACACAGGAGAGAAGCCUUAUUUAUGCCCUCAGUGUGGCAAAGGCUUUGCCUAUAAGUCGGUCCUGGUCAAGCAUCAACGGAACCACACGGGGGAAAUGCCAUACUCGUGUGCGGAGUGCGGGAAAUGCUUCAAGCAGAAGUCCAACCUUGUCACCCACCAGAGAACUCACACUGGAGAGAAACCCUUCUCCUGCUCAGAAUGCGGCAAGUGUUUUUCCAGGAAACUAUAUUUGGUCUCUCAUCAGCAGCUUCACAGGUGAAAUCUGGCUUUUCCUGCUCCAUAUCCCUGUGAAAUAUCAGCAUUUCAUUGGUAGUUAAAUUGUGUACAGGUAAAAGGAAGCCUGCCACAAUGCAAUACCUUUGUGAAAAGGCUGAGUUGGAAGCA